GCAUGCAUGCAUGAGCACUACUAAAAAAACAAGCACGACAUGAGACCUAAAAAAAGAGGGUUUAGAGGAUGUGCAAGCCACUUGAUCUAGAGCACUGCAUGCAUGGCUCUGGGAGAGUAGAUACAUGUAUUACGUAAUUAUUGUGAAGAUUGUGAGCAGGUAUAUUUCGAGGGUAUAAGCUUUUGCGGAAUGACCGGUUUUCGCGGAUUUAAUGUCCGUGGAAUAGCAGCCUUUUACAGCAUGCAUGCAUGCGAUAUUAAAUUCGUGGGCAUAUAUAAAUGUUUGCUUAAUCAGCGAGAGAAUAAUUAUACCCUUGAUUAGUCUUAUGUUCUAUAAUCUGUCUAUAUGCGAAAACAGGAAGUGUAUUAAUAUGAAUAUAAAGGAAGUAAACAAUUGCAAAGGAGGUUGUCUAGUCAGCAUCACAUUAACCUUCUCACUGUCAAUAGAGAUGACACUAAUAGAGAUAAUAAAGCUCAUUAGAGUUCUUCUGAUUUGCUUUCUGGCUGGCUUUAGCACUGCCCAAUAUUCAGUGAGUGUGGAUAGACCAUGUCCAAUGGAAACAGUCACUUUUACCUGCACUGCUAAUGGAGAUAUCUUGAUAUGGGACCUGCCUGGAAAUCGUAUCACUGUUCUCACCACCUCUGAUCCACUAGUAAUGCAGUCAGGCUACACUGUGACACUGAUUGCAUUUGAUAACGAUACAUUAACUUCUACUCUAUCAAGAACAGCAGAGAAUGGGAUCACUGUGUCCUGUUCCGAGAUUGUGUCUACUCUAACCACUAUAGGAUCUUCAACAAUCCGUUUGGUUGAUCCACCAGGACCACCUUCUGCUGUAAGACAUUUUAUUUUGAGCAGCUCAGUCAAUGAAGUCAGUGUAUCUGUACAGUGGAACCCUCCUACUGAGACUGGUGGUAGAGAUGACCCCACUUACACAGUGACCAUCUCACCUCCGGCCCAGCUCUUUGCAACUGUCCUCACAUCCACCUCUGUCACUGUGACUGCUCAAUACAAUGUGGACUACACUGUCAGUGUUGUGGCUACCAACUGUGCUGGGAACAGUACAACUGCUGACUACAACUUUAGGAUCGGUGGCUGUCCUGCAUUGACCAACCUCACGAAUGGAGCAUUUGGACCAGUCUUCAGCAGAUUGCCUGGAUCAACAGUAACCAUCCAGUGUGAUGCUGGGUAUGUGUCUGUUGUUGCGAUGGUGACAUGUGAGGGUACACUGAUGUGGAGUCCAGACCCUGAGGCUAUUGAGUGUACAUCACUAAUCACACCUACUCCCACAACUCCCCCUCCAAUAAACUGCACGGCUCCACUAUCCCCACCACUUGAACCACCUACAGCUGCUCCUUGUAAUUGUAAUUGUGCCAGCCUAUCUGAUGGGAGUCGAUUUGAUGCAGCUGUCUCCAUCAGUGUGGUUGUCACAGCAAUUGUAUUCAUGAUAAUAGGAUUAUUUGUGGGACUCUUGAUAAUGUAUUUGUUCAUGCAUAAGAAGAAUGUGUACUCCCCGUCACCUAAAGAGCGAGCUAACGUAGGACCCACUGUACCAGCUGGUCCUGUUUAUGAGGAGGUGUCACCCAAAGAGGAGAUUGAACUAAAUACUAACCAGGCGUAUGGACCAGUAGGACUGUGAAAUUUCUGGUCAUUUUCAUCAACAGUUAAUGUACAUGCAUGUAAACAAUUAACACAAUUAAUAUAGCACGUACUGCAACUGUUCAUUAUCAACAACUUAAGAACAAUGUAAACAGAGUUGUUGGCAUAAGUCAUGUAGCUACGUAGCUGUUUCAUUUUUCCUGGUCUGAAAGGAUUGCUUCAGCUGAAAAUACGCACCUCGAUUAAAGGCCAUGUGUAUAUUCAUACAUGUA